AGCUGACUGGUGACUCUAUUGAUGGCAGCAGCACAUAGGACCUCUUACUUUUGUUGCUCUGGAAAAAGAAGCUUUGCUACCCACUUAAAAGCCCUUCGUCACUUGGAUGUCAUCUUGUGAGAAAGACUGAAAAAACUGAUUUAGCUGAGCCACUGUGUGCCACAUACAGGAGAAUAUUCAAGGCAACUCAGUUGCACUGGGAAUGCUUUUUAAAUUAAACUCAAAUUUGAAAAUUAUCAGGAAAUAGAAACUGGAAACUGGUGUCAGACUAAUAUAAAAUAACUGGAAAUGGCUGGAUUUCAGUAAAACACUUCUGCCUGUUCUUAAGCAUCUUAUACAGUAUUUUGCUGAAGACUUUAACUACUUAAUGUUUCUUCUGCUGAAGAGAUGAUUUAGACCAGUAGGGCUAAGAUCAAGAGUUUUUUUCAAGACAAUAUUCUACUAAUUGCAGACUGUUGAGUCAGAGUGCUUUAUAUAGUCUCCCCAGGCCUGCUGAAUACAGACAACAUUAUUCAAGAACAAUGUGAAAGUUAUUUAAUUAAAGAUAAUAAACCUUUAGCUGCAAGAGAUCCUCUGCCAAGCACAACUGAUAAAUCUAAUAGAAACUGAAUGGGAAAAUCUGUUCUUGAGAUCUGCUUGUAAUUGCAAAGUGCUUCAGAUAAAACAGAGUAUCAAAGGACCUGCUUGAACUGAAAGAUCUUGUGUUGAUUCUUAGUCACCCACUGUUUAGCACUCUGCAUUACAUUUCUAUUUUGAGAAUAAGAAAAGCUUGUGGCAAGCCUCUUAAGAACUGAGAGUCACCCCUCAUGUAAGCUGCUAUGAACAAGUUUACUAUAAGGGAACAGUAUGUCUUGCAAUGCUUUUUUAGGGGAGGAUGAUUUCCCUAGCUACCAUGGAAUCAGGCAACAAUGGAAAGUGCUGGUUUGCCCAAUACAUUCUUAAGAUUUUUCAUCUUUUCACUGAAAACUGAUCCUGAAGCAUUUUGAUACACAUACACUAUAACUUGGAGGAAACUGCAGAAUCAAAGUAGUCAAAAUGCCUUUAUUAGCAAAAAGUGAACCACAGGUGCAGAAGAGGUGAAACAUCUUUGAUAAAGUGGCUGUCUCUGCAGAAUUAAUAUUUCCAAUGAAAUAGUACUCCUUGCAGCAUUUACUGCAAAAUAUUUUUCAUUGUUGAGGACAGAAAUUAGAAAUGCUGAGUCUUAUAAAAUUGUCUGUGCAAAAUUUGCCUUCAACCUAAAAAUAUCUGUACCCUGACUCUGGAUAGCACUUAGAGAAAAAUAAUUAAAUUAGUUACAUUCUAUUUAUUUAGGAUUGUAUAUUUUCUAUUACUUAAGCUGCUGAACUUUCAACAUUUUGCAUUUAGACUGGGAAUUUAUGUUUACAUUAAAAUCACUUCAGUAAAAGGUGUGGUUUUAUGGUCUUUUUAACUCUUUCAAGAGUACUUUGCUGCACAGAGGGACAGUCAUGCCUUUUUUUCUGGUAAGUGAUCUAAGAGGUAAUCCUGUGGGGGAAAAGAAAAAUCAGAGCAAAAAAAAGAUUAAAGUGUUCUUCUGGAUAAAAGAAGGAAACAGCAGGAACAUGCAUGGGGGCUAGCAGGGAAGCAGGGGUGAGAGAUACCAUGCCAAGAUAAAUAAGAAACUGGUAUAGUUUUUAGUUAUGCUUGUAAUAACUAGUCCAACUGAUUCUAAACUGUGAAUCCAUUUCUGUAUCCAGUGAAGUGAGAAGCACACACCAUUGUGUGCUGCCCCUGUUUACAGUGGAUCUGGUCCUGAAGGAGUAUUUGACAGUGGAGAGUAAAUUGUGAAAUAUGGAUGUCAGAGAAGAGAUGAGCUGAAUAGAUGGUUCAAAGGAAAUGUCCUGGAUAGGAAGAGAGCAUGUGCAUAUCUUCUUUCAACUAGAAGAGGAAGUUCAAAUGCACUGCUAUCAUUUUAAUAUGCUAUGAAUUCAGCAAGGUAGUUCUGAAUCAAUAAUCCUGUGGCAUCUACAGGAGUCUGUCCCAGAACAGUGUCACUCUGACAUUCUCAAGCGUCCAGCACAAACUCAAAAUGGAUUAUUAUUGGCUGCACAGUGCUCUGUCUCCAGCCAUUCUCCUAUCUCUGGAUUAUUUCAGAUCAGAGAUAUGUCAUCUUGAUGCAGGAAAACUGCUUUGAUACCUAAUGAUUACUGAUGUAGUGGAAGAAAAGGAGGUCAGUGGUCUGUACUUUCUGGUGGCAAUCUCACAUGGAAUCACUAAACUGCUUCCAUGGCAGCCUGUAUACCACUCCCUGUAAAGUUGAGACUUCCUAGGCUCCAUUUUGAUCAGCAAUGUGCAGGGGCAAUUUUGCCCUUUCAAGCCUUCUAGGGAAUCUUGUUCUCUCUGUGGCUGUCUUCCCUUGCCUGAGGAUAUAAUGUUUGCUUUCUUUUUUUUCUCUUGUUGUUUUGCUUCUGCCCCACUGACCACAAACCAGGCCAGGGCACCCAAAAUCAGAAUUGUAACCUGACUAGAUAAAUCAAAAAUUAACCAAAAUAGAGGUAUAAAUUGUAUAUAAAUUGUGCAUACAGAGAAAAGAAAGAAAAGGUGUGCAUUCAAAGAGUAGAAAUUCUUAAAUUUCUCCCCCUCAGAAAGUCUGUGAGUGUGUGGGCAUAUAUAAAUGUCUGUUGGAAAGGAGGGGAGGAAUGGAGAGUGUAAAGCAAAGGAGAACCAAAAGAUUACAGGUAACUUCAAAGUAGAGAUAAGAUUUAAAAAAUCUGUUUUGUAAUAACUUGGGGUGUUUGUUUGUUUGUUUGUGGUUUUGUUUUGUUUUGUUUUUUCUGUAGAAUGUAGGUUCCCCAGCAGAGAUCUCCUUCUGACAGAAGACAGACAUGUGCAAGUGAAAACACCAAGGCUCAGUCCACAAACCAGCUGGUUUCACUGUGCAGUGCCAGAGAACAACAUAAUUUUACAUUAUCAAUGAACAUCAGUCUAGACCUCAAAGAAAUACAAUUUCCUGGGCUCUGGAAGGAAUCCAGAGCUCACUAGGUGGAGUCCUGAACACUGUCUCCAAGAUUUUUGACCAAGAGAUUACUAUGAGAAAAUAUGGCACAUAUCCUGAAGGACUUGCAAUUUUUAUCAGUGGGAAUUUUCACAUCUACAAAUAUUAGAUUGGUGCCAAAGUGAUCAUCUUGCAGAAAUGGAUGCUGGAUGAAGUUUUGCCCCAUCCACAUGCUUUCUGUAAGAAUCAUACAAGCUAAGAACAUCAAGUCAAGAGACCUGUGGACAGUUCCACUUUCGUGCCAAAACCUUGCGGGGCAAUGUUAUUCACUGCUUGAUACCAGUCUGAAGUAUUUAGGCAUCUCGGGCUGCAGUAGAAAUCUUCCGUCAAGUCCUGACUCCAGCUCUGAAAGACAUCACCUUGGAGAUUUCCUUUCACACCGUUGUCAAGCUUCACAAAUGACUGCAUCAGACUGCUAUGUACGCUUGUGGCUGCCGUCUGCUUCACCUGGAAAGCUUCAGACAAAAACCAUCAAGAAUUCUGACAACCCUGUCUGGAACGAGACUUUCUACUUUAGGAUCCAGAGGGAAGUUGAGAAUGUUUUAGAAUUGGCAGUGUGUGAUGAAGAUCCACUCACCAAGGAUGACAUGCAGUUCACAGUUCUUUUUAAUGUUGCUAGAAUCAGACCUGGGGAGACAGUCCGUGAGACAUUUGCUUUGAAAUCAGAGACAGAGAGGUGCUCUAAGAAAUGGGAAAGUUUGGAAGUGGAAUUCUGGAUGGAAAGAAUUCCUGGCCCUCCAGAACGUCUCAUUACCAAUGAUGUCCUAGUGUCCCGUGAGGUUUGCUGCUUGGAAGUGCAUGUGGACAUCCAUGAAAGCAGGAAAUAUUUGAAAGAGGGUAAAAAUCUUGUACUUACGGUGCCUGCGUCUCAUGAGAGGACACAGAAGACGACAGAGGACACUGACACUUUCUAUUUCCAUUGCUUGAAGGUUUGGGAGCCAAUUCUAAAAGUCAGGCUGCAGAAAGUUUCUGAUAAGGAAGAUGACAACAGCAAUUUAAGUGACACCUUAACGGUACCACUGAAAUUUCUCCCUGUUGGACAUAAAGUGAAAGUAACCCUUCCUGUAAGACAUAAUGUGCCACUACAGUUGUACCUCCAGUUAAAUGAUUGCACAGAAAAAUUAGAUGUGCGCUUAGGGUAUGAUCUGUGCCAAGGAGAGCAAGAGUUCCUGCAUAAGAGGAAGAGAGUCGUUGCUGGUGCCCUGAAGAGGGUUCUCCACCUGGAAAGAGAUCUACAUGGGCAUGAGGUCCCAGUAAUAGCUGUUAUGGCAACAGGCGGAGGUCUCAGAGCAAUGUCAGCUAUGUUUGGCCACCUCUUAGCUCUUCAGAAGCUAAACCUGCUGGACUGUGUCACCUAUCUCACUGGGGCCUCUGGCUCAACAUGGACCCUAGCAGACCUGUAUGAGCAUGCUGACUGGUCUCAGAGGUCUCUGGAGGGACCACUUAAAGCAGUAAAAGAACAAGUGACAAAAUGCAAACUCAACCUUAUGUCUAUAGACCAUCUGAAGUAUUAUCACAAGGAACUUGCUGAAAGGGCAAAAGCAGGACAUGUGACAUCUUUUACAACUCUGUGGUCACUUGUUCAGGAGAUGUUCUUACAUGAACAGCCAAGAAAGUACAAACUCACAGACCAGCGCAAGGCGUUGGAGUAUGGACAAAACCCACUGCCCUUCUAUGCAGUCCUCAAUGUGAAAGAGGAGAAGUUUGGUACUUUCAAAUUUAGAGAGUGGGCAGAUUUCUCUCCUUAUGAAGUGGCCAUACCAAAAUAUGGAGUCUCCAUUCCUUCAGAAUAUUUUGACAGUGAGUUCUUCAUGGGAAGGCGAGUGAAGAAGCUGCCAGAAUCUCGCAUCUGCUAUCUGGAAGGUCUUUGGACAAACAUCUUUACUAGGAAUUUGCUGGAUGGCUUGUACUGGUCCUCAAAUUCAAAUGAAUUCUGGGAAAGGUGGUCCCAAGAUAUGGUAGAUAUAGAAAAACAUUCUCCUGAGGAAGACAUUACUGUUAUCGAGCCUCCAUCUUGUUUGUCAGGAAAGUUGUAUGAAAUGUUUCAGGACAUUAUGACCAAGCGUCCACUACUGGGAAAGUCGCAUAACUUCCUGAGAGGUUUAGAGUUUCAUAAGGAUUAUAUCCAUCAGAAAAAAUUUAUUGAAUGGAAAGACACUGUGCUGGACGGUUUCCCUAACAAUCUGACACCGCUGCAGAAAUAUCUUUGUCUGAUAGAUGUUGGCUAUUUCAUCAACACCAGUGGUGCGGCACUUUUCAAGCCAGAGAGGAAUGUAGAUGUCAUUAUAUCCCUUGAUUAUGGUUUGGGGCAUGUGUUCAAGCAAUUAGAGAUGACAUACAAGUAUUGCAAGAUACAAAAUAUCCCAUUCCCCAAAGUGGAGCUAAGUCCAGAAGAAGAGAAGAACCCAAAGGAAUGUUAUAUAUUUGUGGAUGCAGAGGACCCCAGAGCACCUAUAGUAAUCCAUUUUCCCUUGGUGAAUGACACCUUUAAGGAAUUCAAGGAGCCAGGGGUAAAGCGUGGUCACUCAGAGAUGGAAGAAGGCAAAGUAAAUCUGGAGAACAACUGCUCACCGUACUACCUCAUUAGGCUAAUCUACUCCUCUGAAAAUUUUGAUAAACUUGUGAACCUGAGCAGAUACAAUAUCCUCAAUAACAAAGACCUGCUCCUCCAAGCAAUCAGGAGUGCUGUAGAACGAAAGAGAAGCAGAAGGACUGGGAAUUUCUCCAGCUACUCUGGAUACCCCUAAACUGGGUUUUUUGCACUGUUCCCCACUGAAGGCUAUGGCAGCCCAUUGCAACACAUCACACUCACGUUACAACACAUCACAGUGUUCAUUAUUUACAGAAAACUGAGGAAACCUGUACAUUUCUCACCUUGCCAUGUUCAAGCUCCUAGCUUUCAAAAGGGAUAUUUUAUCUCCUUCCCCCAAGUUUUAAGCCCACAAGAGCCUCACACUGUGGUCUUGUUAAGAAAUUAGGGUCCUGGUUAGCAGAGACCUCCCAGGCUCUCCUUGAUGUUACAGUAUAUGGUGGUGGUGAUAGUUCUUUGUAUGAGCCUGUCCCUUCAACUCUGAGCCCAUUGUCAGUGUCCUUUCAAUACUUCAUUACAGAUCAAGUCCUGGCCAUUUGCAUUCAGUGAUGUCCAGAUUUUCAGAUAGGCUGAGCAACUAGAAUUUGCACUGAAUUGGUGGGCUCAGCUUUGAAGUCAGGCAUAUAUAUGUGAACAGUGGCCAAACUGCAGUGUGGACAGUUGCACUCCGUCUGGCCGAUUCCCCUUGCUGAUUUAGAAAUUACUCCUUUUUUCCACUCCCCUGCAAGAGUUUGGCACAGAAAUGCUGCUCCAGACUACCACGAAGGGGGCGGCUACAUUUCAAGAGAGAGGGUGGUAGCAGCACUGAGUGAGCACAGUUCUUUUGAGCAUUGGCUGGAGGAAAAGCUCUGCAUAAAGCACAAGUGAUCAUAUUGAUUUAUAUCAGCAAUGCCUUUACUGAUUAAAAUCUCAAGAGCCUGAAACAAGCUUUUCAUAGAAGAAACUUGAAAGGAAUAGUUGCCAUAGACUCAAGUACAUUUAAUUUAGUGGUCAUGACUGAGACAUAAGCUGGUUCUCCCACAGAUGUAAACUGGAUGUAGGACAGCAUAAUUCACUAAUAGAGUGCAGAGCCAUUGUAUUUUCACACAUAGACGAUUUUUCCCUUUAUAGUCUUCUAUCCCUAACAUCACAAGCAAAGUAUUUUGAAUAGGUGCUACAUAAAAGAGAGCACACAUUUUCCUCCUUGCUGGUGGAAAAUAUUUGGAAAAUGACACCUGCUUUUAAUUUGCUUUGGAAUGCAGUGAGAGACUUUGCCUUGAGCUAGAAGCUCGGAGUAUCUUUAUAGCUCUCCACUACUUAAAGAAGAUGAUAGGGAAGGAUGCUGAGCAAUAUAAAACAGAGCUGCACAGAAGUCAGAAGUUUGCAGACUUCCUCACACUGAAGGAUUUGGACUUGCUUCUGGAUUAUUUAUGCUAAACACAGCAUAUUCAUCAGGACUUCCAAGGAAAACCUUACAUAUUUCUUCUGUGUCGGAAAUUUACUUGAGAUCUAGAAUUAGUUGUACUUGAAAUCCAAAAUCAGACAAAGAAUGAGGAAGAGGGGUGUGUCAUUUUGGUAUACACAGGCAAUAUUGAAGCUCAGAGGGAGAGCAUUUACAAAAGACCUGAUUGCUUGAAGCCUGUAUUUACUAAGUGCUGCUUCUGCUGCAAUGGCAAUGGCUAAGGAUCAGCAAUGCUUCUUGUAGAAUGAUUACUUGCUGAGCUAAGGAGUAUCACCCAGAACUGAGGAGCCUUAACAGCUGGAAUGCAACUGUACUUUGGGACUCAGAUCAUGAGAAGUUAAGAACUAAUCAGAUACUGGCUGCAAGACAAAACAUAAAGAGCCAUUUUGAGUUGAGAGUUCAUCCAGCUGGAUCCGCUACCUUUGCACAGGAGAGCAGCAUGUCCUGGCACAGCAUUGAAUAGCACAUACAAACCCACAUGGCACAGAGUGUGCACCAUUUCCAUUCUCCCCUGGCUGGUCCUAGAAAGCUCUUCUGCUACAAAAAGAUAUCCCUGUUGUGUUCAUGGGAUACAGAGAACAAUCUGUAAUCCUUGUGAACCUUGGCAGCACGUCCCCAGCAGCGAGGUGGCUCAGCCACACUGAGAAAAUCUGGUCUCUCAAAAUGCUCCACAGAUGAAUAAUUAGGGCAUGUUUGGCACAUUCACAGUGCUGCUAAUACAAACAGAAAGACCUGGUAAAAUGUGAAGGAGCCACAAAGCCACAAGGUUUUAGGACAACCCACAGCUGGUGGGGAAUUACUGUUCUGAGGGACUGAUAAAUCCUGUUACAAAGGGAGGGAAGGAGGGUGGUGGGGAGAGAGCUGAGGGUGGGGAAGGUGGUGCGACUCUACUGGGAGAGCUGUCACCAGAGGUUUUGCCAACACUUAAAGUCAGGUUGGGAACUGCUGUCUAAUCUUGCAGCCAAAGGCACAGACAGGCAUGUGGUACCUCUGUAGCCUUAAAUGAUAAUAGCUUUUUUCAAAUGUAUUUUUGAAUUUCAGAGCCUGAAAUUAUGCGAGGGCUGUAUCAUUGCCCAUCAGAGUGCCUUUUUGUUUCAUCUGGGUUGCCUUUUUGAUUUUGUAGCAUGAUGUGGGUGUAGCACAUGGAAAUACAGUUCAGUGGUGGACGUGGCUGUGCUGGGUUAACAGUAGGACUGGAUGGCUGUAGAUGUCUUUUCCAACCUAAAUGAUUCUAUGAUUCUGUGACAUUGGAGGUGUGUGUUGCUGGCUUGUUGGUGUAGUAGGAGGACCUGGAGGGCAUUUGUGAGGACAGAGGCUGCUGGAGAACUCUGCAGGUUGGAGGGACCUACACUUCUCACAGUCUUGUCCAUGCAGCUUGUGGGAAUUGGUGGCUGGAACAGGUUGUCCCUCAAAGCCCUCCUGAGCUCUGGUUCAGAGCAUGCUGACUUGCACUGCCCCAAAACCACAGAAAUCUAAGGCAUAGUUUCAGUAUAAGGCUGAUCAGUGACCUGUGCUCAGGACUGGUCCUUGUUCCCUUUAGGGUAAACAUGGAGUGCAAGGGCCUCUGAGAUUUGUGUGGUUAUUCCUCAGAGGCUGUGGUUUGUUUUGCUUUCUUGGCCCCAUUCUUGUCUGGCCUAGUACCACAUGUUGUGCUGUGACUGAACAGAGUGCAUGCAAUCCAAAGCAGGCACUUCCAGCAGAAAGCUGCUUCUCUGCAUCUCACUGAAAAAAGGCACGUGCCAUACUUAUAAACCAGGCCUUGCUGGUCUGGUGUUGUGUUUGCUUAACCACUGAAGAUGAAUGCAUGCCUGCCAAAAACCUCAUCUGAAAUGCACCCCAGAUUGCUGCUCUCUGAUGAACAUUUUGCUGGAAAACCCCCACAGAGUUUGCUGUCUGCUGCCAAACACAAAGGAAAUGAAACUUAAACUAUUAGCUGCUCUUCAUAGAAAUUGCUUGCUUGUGUCUUUUAACCGUUUAAUAAUACAUUAAUUAAAAAUAAAAUAUUGCAAAGGAGCACCAGACCCAUGAAAAUCUUUAUGCACUUAAAUACAUGACAAGUUUUUUUCCAGGUGUAUAAGUGCUACUUGUGCUAAAUCCCUGCUGAGAAUUUCACAGGGCCUUCACUGGUUUCAGGACUGAAUGGAAGAAAUGUGGGAGAAGAUCUGGUUUACAAAGGUAGGGAGAGCCUGGAACAAAAUCUCCCUCCUGUGGUAAAACCUUCAGUGGAAUAGCAAAGGGUGUGGCAAGGAGGCAGCAGCACUGAGCUACAGCCAAUUUGUUCAAUUAAAUGGUAAGUUUAAAAUACUGAAGCUGUUUUGGUGUUUUGGGUUUUUUUUUAAUCAGUUAAAAAUGGUCAAAAUGAUGAAAUGCAUCAGUUUCCCAUUACUUUGAUGUGCUGGGUUGAUUUUAUUUUUUUUUUCAUUUUUUAUUACGGGCAGCAUAUCUAGCUGGGGUAAACAGAGAAGAGAGAUGGACUAGCCAAAAAAAAUGAAAUUAUUAGCUCACCUGUUGGAUGCCUGUGACUGAUCUGAAUUUGAAUCAGACAACACAAAUUUAAACUCUAGAUGUUG